CGGGCGGAAGUAGUAACCGUCUUUUCGGCCCGCUUGAGUAGCUUGCGUUCCUGCUUUUUUUAUUUAUUUAUUUUUUUAAACAAGACACUGCUAGAUGUUCGGCUAUUUAAAAAAAAUAAGAUGCCAGGAAAAUGAGUCGUACAUCGUAGCCCAGUGUCAGGCAAAAAUAUGGACGUUGUUUGCGGGGAGUUCUUAGACUGGGAAGUCGAGGAGUGUUCGCCCAGAUGUGCUAAACGUGAGAAACAGCUCUCUGCGCCCCUCAGGAGGUUCUACAGCCUAAACAGGAGGAAAUCGUUCGCUACCUUCGUGGCAUCCAAGAGGGAGGGCGGUCAGGAGGACGGACGACCGUCUUGGCGCUGCUGUGACUGCGUCUUCAACCGGGACGCCGCCAUUCACGAGCACGUCGCCAGGACGCACGCAAGCGAGAUCCAGCAGCUGGCACAGGCCGAGUACGAGUGCACGCUGGGCCGGGUGGAAGAAGAACCUCAACAUCAGCAUCACAACGACCGCGUGGACGUCACCGCGUGGAUCCCAGAUAUUAGUCACGUCCCCGAGGAGGACCUCAGAAAAGGCCCUGGUAAAGUUCUGCUGUAUUACCGCUACUGUCGAGUGGAGGAGCCGCACGUCAUCUGUGCUUGGCAGAGAACUUUGUGUGAGCUGCUGCACCUCACCGGCAAGGUGAGGGUGGCCACAGAGGGCAUCAACGGGACCGUGGGAGGGACUCAUGUCGCCACGGACCUUUACAUGCAAGCCAUGCGCUCACAUCCUCUUUUCAACAUGGACAUUGAAGACUUUAAGACAAGCGAUGGCGGUCCAGACUGUUUCACCGGCCUGAAGGUCGGCGUCUUUAAGGAAAUCGUCCCAAUGGGAUUGGAUCCUGAAAUCCUGUCCUACCAACUCGCAGGAGUCCAUUUGGAACCUGAGGAGUUCCACAAAGAAGUGGAGGCACUUGUGUCCAAAGGGGAUUCCUGCGACGACACCAUCCUGCUGGACUGCCGCAACUUUUACGAGAGUAAAAUUGGGCAGUUCACUGGAUGUCUGGCCCCUGACAUCCGCAAGUUCAGCUACUUCCCAGACUACGUAGACCAGAACCUGGAGCUCUUCCGCGACAAGAAGGUGCUCAUGUACUGCACAGGAGGGAUCCGCUGUGAGCGAGGUUCCGCCUACCUCCGCUCAAAAGACGUCUGCAAAGAGGUUUACCAGCUGAAAGGUGGCAUCCAUAAAUACCUGGAACACUUCCCAGACGGCUUCUACCGCGGGAAGCUUUUCGUCUUCGACGAGCGCUACACCAUCUCCUCCAACCAUGACGUCGUCUCGGGCUGCAGCUACUGCGGGCGCCCCUGGGACCGCUACGAGCUGUGCACCACCCGCUUCUGCUGCCAGCUGGUGCUGUCCUGUCCCGCUUGCAGGUCGCACGGCCACACCGCCUGCUGCCCCACCUGUCGCAGCAAAGGGCGGGAGGGCGCCCCCACGAGCAGAGAGGAGUGCGAGUGCACCGACGGGCGCCCCAGAAUCCCGCAGGACGUGAAAGUGACUGCUUAAAUGUCAUGGGUCAUUUCAUUAGGUACACCUGCACCGUCCAUUUAGACAAAGUUUGAUCGGGAUUUCCUUUAAAGAUGUGCCAGGUUUUGACUUUCUUUGCAUGACUAAUAAUAUUUGUACGUAACUGCCCUUUUUAGUUCUGCUCCCAUUGGCUGUUUUUAAUCAAUAAAGGACGGCUGUAAUAUUUUCCAGGGAACGAUGUGAUGAGGUAGCGACUUGUCCAGGGUGUACCCCGCCUUCCGCCUGAAUGCAGCCGAGAUAGGCUUCAGCACCACCCUGCCACCCCAAAAAGGGACAAGCGGUAGAAAAAUGGAUGGAUUUGUAGGAGUCGGAGUCGGAUUUUUACAUACCUUUUUAUAACUAAUUCUAUUAAUCAUAUAUUUAUUAUAUUAUCAUAAUAAUGUGUUCUCCUACAUGUAGUUAUUUCGCAUGCAGUCGGAUUCAAGCCCAAUUGGGACCCCCCCAGGCAUAAAAGUUUGAACAUUCCUGCUCCAGUAGCACUGUUGUUGUAACUUCUCUUUUUGACGGACGCCUCAGUUUUUGUGUGCAGUACCCCUUAAAGGCCACCAGGUGGCAGCAUUUUCCCGUGACGUGCCAUCCGAACAGUGAAGAGAAUAGAUGUUUGUUGACAUUUGCACAGGCACUUUUGGAAUUCUUCUGAGUUUCUCCCCGAGUUAGCUUUUACGGAAAAAAAAACAAAGCAUAAAAUGGCAUUAUAAGAGAAAAACAAAAAUGGUUGCAAAGUAAAAAUAGAUAAGUUGAAUUAACAGCUGUGUGAAUUAAAAUAAAUUGUACAGAAGUUAUAUGUUGUAUUUAUAAUACAAUAAUAAUGGAUUAGUGUAUAUGUAUAUAUAUAUAUAUAUAUAGUAAAGUGAAGUGAAUUAUAUUUGUAUAGCGCUUUUUUCUAGUGACUCAAAGCGCUUUACAUAGUGAAACCCAAUAUCUCUAUUACAUUUAAACCAGUGUGGGUGGCACUGGGAGCAGGUGGGUAAAGUGUCUUGCCCAAGGACACAACGGCAGUGACUAGGAUGGCGGAAGUGGGAAUCGAACCUGCAACCCUCAAGUUGCUGGCACGGCCACUCUACCAACCGAGCUAUAUAUGUAUAUACAUAAGUAUUUAUAUAUAUGUAUAUAGUAUAUAUCUGUGUGUAUGUACUGUAUAUAUAUCAUAGACAUUUAAAUAUGUUUUCCCUUAGCACAUAUUAUAAUUUAUUGUUUUAUUAAUUGAUUGAUUAUUUUAUUAGCAGAUUGCACAGUACAGUACAUAUUCCGUACAAUUGAUCACUAAAUGGUAACACUCGAAUAAGUUUUUCGACUUGUUUAAGUUGGGGUCCACGUUAAUCAAUUCAUGGCAUUAAUGCCCAGCUUUUUAGUGUCAAUAUACUUUUUUAUUAUUUUUAUUAUAAGCCAGUAAGUUUAGUUUGUUUUGAGAAGACAAAAACAUCCUGCUUCUACUUCUCAAUUAAAUAAAACAAUUUUUUUUAAUGUGACGUCAUUGUAUUGCUGCAACUGCACCUCAUUAGUUUGAGACAAACCGCUCCAAAUUAGUAUCCCGUCCUCUAAAUAAAUACGAAAUAACAAUAAUGAGGGGAACACUGUACAAUAAAAUAUACAUUAAAUAUGUUUUCCUUUGCCACAUAUUAUUAUUACUAUCAUUAUUAUCAAUGUCCACUUUUCAAGUGUCCGCCUAGUUGAAUUUUUAUUAAAAGCCAAAAACAAAGCAUACCUUGCCUGUACUUCUCAAUUAAAGUUAUAUAAUAAGAUAUAAAAGUUAAUUUAUUUUUCAUGUGACGUCAUUAGUUCGAGGCAAACUGCUCCAAAUUGUAUUCUGCCCUCUAAAUAAAUCCAUCCAUCCAUUUUUCUACAGCUUAUUCCCCUUUGGGGGGCGCUGGUGCCUAUCUCAGCAACAAUCGGGCGGAAGGCGGCGUAUGCCCUGGACAAGUCGCCCUCUCAAAAAUAAUAAUGAGGGGAACACUGUACAAUAAAAUAGACAUUUAAAUACGUUUUCCCUUGCCACAUAUUAUUAUAAUUAUUUAUGCCCAGUUUUCUAGUGUCCACCGAGUUGUAUUUUUAUUAAAAGCCAAAAACAAAA